AUGGAGGCGGCGUUUGAGAAGGCAUUUGGCAUGCAGCCAACCCACCACAUUCGAUGCCCCGGCCGUGUCAAUUUGAUCGGCGAACACAUUGAUUAUAAUGGGUACGGGGUGUUGCCGAUGGCAAUCGCACUCGGCACUGAGCUGUUGAUAGCCGAAAACAAAGAUCAAAAGAUAGUGCUCAAGAAUGCCGAGGAUGGAAAGUACCCAGAGUAUACGGUAGCUCUACCAUCUGACUGGAAGGGUACGACACCGCCCAAGUGGUUCCACUACGUGCUCUGCGGCUGGCGGGGAGUGCUCGAUGCCAUCGGAGUGCAAGAUAAGGAGCAGAAGGGCAUGAACGUGUUGAUGAAAGGAACCAUCCCGCCAGCAUCCGGUCUCUCCUCAUCGUCGAGCCUGGUCUGUGCCUCAGCCUUGGCAACGCUCGCCCUCCACACCGGCGAGGGUUUCACCGAGAAGUUCACGAGGGAAUGGUUAGCUGAUCUGUGCGCAAAGGCCGAGCAGAUGAUCGGAACUUGCGGUGGUGGCAUGGAUCAGGCCAGUGAGCUGCCCGAAGAUGCGCUAUUUGUGGUGCUGCACUCGGGAGAUACCCUGAACAAAGCGGCAUCUUCUCACUACAACGAGCGGGUGAUUGAAUGCCGCAUUGGGGCUCAGAUCCUCGGAAAGCACCUGAACCUGCCGAAUUGGGGCGCCUUCCGGAAGCUGAAACAAGUCGAAGACGCGUCCGGAAAAUCAUUGAGCGAGCUGUUGAGGCUGGUCGAAGAGGUACUACCAGAAAAUCCAACACUUGACGAAGUCGUCGCCAUUAUUGGGCGCGAAAAUUUUGAUGCUCUGCUUUCGGAGAAUACCAAGCAUAUGACUGCAUUCCACGUGCGUGCUCGAGCCCGUCACUGCUAUGGUGAAGCACAUCGUGUGGCUCUUUUCGAAGAAGCCUGCAAGCGGGGCGACUUGGUGGAGAUGGGGAGCCUGAUGAAUGGCAGUCAUGAUAGUUUGAAAGGCGACUACGAUUGCAGCAGCCCGGGUCGGCAGGCGUUCUGGGGGGCGAGGCUCACCGGAGCCGGAUGGGGUGGCUGUGCCGUCGUUUUGGUCGACAAGAGGAGUCCGGUCGAUCUCUCCCACCUCCAAGUGCUGCUCGAAUCGUCUCCCUGUGAGGGAAUCGCAUUAACAAAGCUC